AUGCGAUUUUUUAAAGAUUUGACAGACCAGGGUCACUUCGAUAACAGCAGCGUUAUCCAUGUGCAAUAAUAAUAAUCAGUUUAUUAAACCCUUUUUGUAGUGUAUAACACUAAAUUACAAGAGAGGUCAAGAAUACGCAGAACACAAUUUCACAUGGCACAGAAGGCAAAAACAAUUAAAAUCCUAUUGUAACUGUGGGUAACAAAAUUACUAAGGCGGUCCGUUAUGACAAAGUGGAAUUCAGAACGAGAAAAACUCGACCUCAACCCGUACCCAUGAGUGACAUUCGUGGGCUGCGGCAGCAGAUGUGAAAGGAACCUGGACUCCUUGAUGUUAGAUAUAAAACGCCUGCAAGCCUCAUCACAGCGCGACAAAAGUGUAGGCAAGCCACAGCGCAUGAGUGCCGACUCAUAAGAGCAAUCUAGAAAAAUUAUUCUUAGUGCAGACUUCUGCACGCUUUCCACCAAUUGAACCAGACAGUUGGGUAAUGUGGCCCACACCAGAGAUGCAUAUUCUAAAAUGGCCCGCACAAGGCUACAAUAAACCUGAAUGAGAUCAGCUGGUGGGAGGCCUGAUUUCAUUAAGACACGCAAAACGUAGAGACGCUUGCGUGCUCUCUUCACAAUAUAGUGGCAGUGAAUAGACCACGAUAAAUUGGGCGACAGAUGGACACCAAGCAACUUAUAAGAUGGCACCUGCUCUAUACUACUGCCCAACAUCCGUAAGGGAGGUAGGUCCUAGGGCUUAUACUUUAAGAAAUCUAUGCGUAACUCUUUACAUUUGGAUGGAUUUAGCUUCAUACCAUGACUACUAGCAUAAGAACAAAUAUCCCUAGCUAUAAAGGGCAGCAUGCUGGUUGAACAUCUAGGAAUAAUCUCUAAGACUGAGAGAUCGUCCACAUACUUAACUCUAGUUUCCCAGUCCUUCACUAGGUUGUUGACAAGGAUUGCAAACAACAGGGGGGCUAGUCUUGUCCCCUGAGGGAUACCGCCCUCUGGAAUGAUGCUGUUGGACAAAGCACUANUAAGAAAUCUAUGCGUAACUCUUUACAUUUGGAUGGAUUUAGCUUCAUACCAUGACUACUAGCAUAAGAACAAAUAUCCCUAGCUAUAAAGGGCAGCAUGCUGGUUGAACAUCUAGGAAUAAUCUCUAAGACUGAGAGAUCGUCCACAUACUUAACUCUAGUUUCCCAGUCCUUCACUAGGUUGUUGACAAGGAUUGCAAACAACAGGGGGGCUAGUCUUGUCCCCUGAGGGAUACCGCCCUCUGGAAUGAUGCUGUUGGACAAAGCACUACCGAUUUUGACUUGUUGCAACCUUCCCGUCAAGAAGGCCCCAAUCCAUCUAAUUAAGGCCUCAUGCACCCCCAAACUGUGAAGCUCAUAUACCAAAACAGAAUGAUCCACCAGGUCAAAUCCUUUGCUAAAGUCGGUAAACAAGAUGCGAGCAUAGCAAUGGCUGUUGUCAAGCGCUUCUAGGAUACAGUGAAGCAAGUAAACGAGCGCAUGCAUAGUUGAUCUGCCUAGGAGUGCAAACUGUUUUAGAUCAAUUUUAUGACUUGAUUAAAUAGGGGGGGAUAACAUGAAACCCUCAAAUAUUUUAGCUGUUUGAGAAGUUAAAGUAAUUGGCCUUAGAUCGUUCUUAAUACAUUUAGGUGGUGAACAUUUAGGGAGGGGCAAGGCUACAGACUCCUUGAUCUGAUAAGGGAUGAAUCCUUGCACCAACGAGGCAUUGUAAAUAUCAGUAACUACUGGAGCAAGUUCAAAAGCAAAUUCCUUCCAAAUCAGUUAGGCACCGCUGAGGGCCUAGGCGAUUUAUUGUUCUUAACAUGGCACAGGGCUUUAUAGCAACUAGAGACAUCAACAAGAAACUCCCUUGGGACAUCAAGGUUAUGAUCGAGGUCAGCAAGUGUGGUGUCUAGAGGGGUGAAAUGUGAUGUAAGGGCAGCCAACAAGGAGUUGAACUUCUCUGCUAGUGCAGGGAGUAUCCUCAUCAAGUAACGGAGUUAUCCAAUCUGUUCGAGCUCUUUGACCAGUAAGGCCCUUUAACUCACGCCACCAACGACUAAUGCUACUUUCUUUAAGGGAGGCCACCUUACUAUCAUAGAACUUUUGUUUACACUCCGUGCAUGCCCUCUGCACCUUAUUACGCAACUCUUUGUAGUGCUGCGUUUCUUUUCCAUAGGUAACAAGAGCUUUCUGGCAUUUAGUGGUCAGGGAUUUUAGCUUGUGUGUGAUUCAGGGUUUAUCUGAAGAGCAACAUUUGGUACGCUGCAAGGGAAGAUAGUAGUUGACUGCAUCUGUCAAGGUAGAGAUGAACAAAUCAAAUUUUUCCUGGACAUGUGUAAGGCUCACAGUCACACUGAGUAAUCCAGCUUAAUUCGAGAAGAACUGUAUAAGGUUGCAAAGAACUGGAACUUACACAAGAUACGGCCUUCUAAUACAGACACGCCACAUGGAAGGCCUGAUACACUUUUUUUUCUCCCAGAUGAGGCAGGAGCUACGGAUUUCAAAAAGGACGCUGACGUGAAUGAUCUGGAGGUAGCAGAGAACUCAGUAUGUGGCGAGCGAUGUCAUCCUCUUGGUUGUUCACUAGCAUUCGUAUCAUUAGCAGAACUCAUUAUGGAGGAUAACGACUUACAUCUACCACAAGGCCCAGACGAGGCGAAGUCUCUAUACUUAGACCUGUUUUAUCAUAUCAACAAUUUGUAA